AACAACACUACCUAGGGCAGCUAGUGACUUGACACAUAUGUAUGUAGGCAGUAUAUAAAUUCCCAUGCUCUAUUUCCAUUCUCGUCAAACCAGGCUAUCAACAUCUACUCCAAAUAUUCCCUACAUACCUACCUACAUACAGAGUGAGCCUCGCAAGGCCUACGUCAGCAUUAAAUCAACAUGGCUCCGGAUAGUGAAGCCGCGACAGAAUUCACAUGCUUCCCUAAGCUACCCAGGGAAAUACAAUUCAUGAUUUGGGAUGCGCACAAAUUGAACCUCCCAGUUAUAAGGCACUGCUUCACGAUAAACAGAAGGCGGGUUCGUAUGUACGUAGCCAUCGACUCCAAGACGGGAGAGAUUGUCCGCAACAGAGUGAGCCGAGAAUAUAACCCUCAAGAGUUACUACCUUACGAAAGCCGGAUUCGGUUUCCUGGCACUGUAAUUGUCUGGUUGCAUGAAAUUGGGAACUAUAAGUUAAGUGACUUCUUCAGUACAGACAGUUUGAUGCAAAGCGGCCAGUCUUUCGUCUACAUUCGGGUAGAUAUGGAGCGCGACAUCUUCUGCUUCGGCCCGUGCGAGUACAGCCGUUACGGAAGUAGCAGCAGAAGGACAACGAAGGAGUGGUUCCGCUUCCUCCACAACCCGAUUAACCAAGACCAGCCGCUACUUUACAACCAUUGGAUCUUCCGUGUCCGAAAUCUCGCUCUCGGCGUUAUGGACCCCGGUUAUACCAUAACGCGGUGGGAUACCCGGGUCCUUGAGGGCAUGCAGCGCCUACGGUAUAUAAAACUUGUCGCUCCUCGGCUUCUCAUACGACCUAGUCCUGAGCUGACAAGAAGGAGCUUGAAAUAUAAAGAGUGGUUUGUCGAGGAGAAUAUGCUUGACAGGGAGAACCGAGAUUUACUACGCAAUCAUACCAAAACGGCACUGAAGAGUAUCGGGGAAAAAAUAGCGGCACACGAUGUCAACACGAAAGUGACGCCAGUUAUCGAUCUUUUGCUAGAGUGGUGUUCAUAGUCAUGAGUAGUAUCUUGACCAACCCAUAAAUACAUGUUGCAGGUGUCUGAGGCUUCAUGGCCCCACUAGGCCUGCCAGCCAUAUAUUGGCACUCCGCCAGUGUAGUCUAGAAUAAAGCAAGCUUUCUUCCUUUCAUCUUUCUUGUUAUUUGUGGCAGUGCAACUGCAACAAU